UUGCAACCGUGUUUUCAUGAAAAAUAAAUCGAUUCAUUGAGGAUAGCGUGAUAAUUUUCAUCUAUUACGAAACAUGCGUUACCACAUCAUUCGAAUUGGUCUUGCCUUGCUGUGGAUAAACUUGGCAAUGAUCGAUGCUAAUCCUCCUAUAAAACAUUCUGCAGAAAUAGAUCUAUUGAAUUUUAUGUCCAGAUCCAGUCAUCUGCUUCAGCGCGAUCUCCCGAGAACAAUGUCGUGUUUUGAUUAUUAUAUUCCACUGCUGACUGAAAUAGCCCAGCAAUACGAAGAACAAAAUAAACUAUGCACUACAAGGGCAGACGAUGAACGCACACGAGUGGAAGCAGAUGUUGCUGAUGAUAUAGCAGACUUAGCCAAGAGGUCGGAUGAGGCCUGCUGUGCUUUAAAGCUGUGUAAAAAUAGUGAACCAGCAAAGUUCAUCUUUGAAUGUUACGCCGAGGAGGGAUCCGUUAGUAGUAAAUCCCUUCAUGCAAUCUCAAACGAGGCCAAUGUCAAAUCUGCUAAUCUAAACGAAUUACUAAGGCGAAUUGAUGCUGACGAGUAUGUUUGCUAUACCAAUAACAAAGUUCAAUAUGAAGAUGAUUCAGCGGCUGCUUAUGAAGAAUUUUCAAAAUGUAUUGAUGGGGAAAUUGAAGUUCCAACAGAAACGACAGAGGGCCCCACAGAUUCUACAACACCUGGAUCUACUGAAGCCACAGAAGGGCCUACAGAUUCUACGACACCUGGAUCUACUGAAGCCACAGAAGGGCCUACAGAUUCAACGACACCUGGAACUACUCAAGCAACAGAAGGGGUAACAGAUUCAACGACACCUGGUACUACUCAAGUCACAGAAGAUCCUACCGAUUCAACUACACCUGGUACUACUCAAGCCACAACAGGGCCUACAGAUUCAACUACACCUGAUACUACUGAAGCCACAGAAGGGCCUACAGAUUCAACGACACCUGGUAGUACUGAAGCCACAGAAGGAACUACAGAUUCAACGACACCUGGUAGUACUGAAGCUACAGAUGGAAUUACAGAUUCAACGACACCUGGUACUACUGAGGCCACAGAAGGGACUACAGAUUCAACGACACCGGGAACUACUGAAGUCACAGAAGGACCUUCAGAUUCAACGACACCUAGAUCUACUGAAGCCACAGAAGGUCCUACCGAUUCAACAACACCUGGUACUACUCAAGCCACAGAAGGGCCUGCAGAUUCAACUACACCUGAUACUACUGAAGCCACAGAAGGGCCUGCAGAUUCAACAACACCUGGAACUACUGAAAAUCCAACAGAGUCCACUGAAACCACAGAAAAUCCAAUAGAAGAAACUACAGAAGUUCCUGCCAAAUCCAAUGCAGCCUCUUUAAGGUCCUUUAAAAAAAAACUUGUAGCAUUCCAAUCAUUACUCCCUUUUGGUUCCACCUCGACGGAAGUCCCUUUUGGGCCCUCGUCUGUGAUCCCUUUUGGAUCCUCCUCAGCGGUCCCUUUUGGGCCCUUCUCAGCAGACUCUUCAAGGAUUUCCUCAGCGUCUUCAUCAUCAUCCUUUAUAUCCUCUUCAAACGCCUCUGAUGAUAUAAAGAUGAAAGACGAUUUAUAUGAAAGACUUCGACGUGUCCAUAAGUUAAAUUUUAAAAAAUAAUUACAGAGAACUAACUUAAAAAACGUUAUUAAUGCAAUGUACUAAACAAAACGUUGUAAUGAAAUAAUUUUUUAAUGAUAUUUAAAAGCAAGGAUAAAUUAAUAUAUAUUAGAAAGCAAAAAUGCAAUUUAUAUUUAUAUAUUUUAUAUAUACAAGACAUGUAUAAACGAAUGGUUGGUGCAAAUAAUCUCUAUAGAAA